AAGGGGAGCAGGAGUUAGGUUUUUGGAGAGAGGGAGAGGAUUUAAGUAAGGCCACGUUCCUUCCGCCUCAAAAACCCUCUUUUCCUCCUCCAUCGCCAUUUCUUCGUCUCUUUCGAUUACUCCCCGCAAAUCUAGGGUUUUAGCCUCCCUCUUUUCUCUCUCUUUAUCUCUGAUCGUCUCUUUAAAUCGAAGAUGAGCGGCGACAAGGAUACCUUCACGGUGGCCGAACUUAAUGCUGCUCUUAACGAGGAGGGUAGAGCUGGCCUCGUUAAUGUUCUCAAGAAUAAGCUUCAGAAUCUGGCAGGACAGCACUCUGAUGCCCUCGAGAAUCUAUCAGCAAAAGUUAAAAAACGUGUUGAGGUUUUAAUGGAGAUUCAGGCAUGUCAAAUCUUGUACAAUUUGUUGUCAAAUUGCACUUUCUUUGUGAUUUCUUUAUUAUAUUACUAUAUCGACUCCAUUUGGUUUGAUAAAUGUGUGUUGGCUU